AUGGUGGAAGUUAAUAAUGACGACGGAUCAUCAUCAGUAGUGAGAAGUGACGGAGCAGCUUCCGAAGGAAAAGCUAAAAGCAAAAACAAUGGCGGCAACAAGAAAUCUGCCGAUCAACAGAAAGUGCCAUUUUACAAGCUGUUUGCGUUCGCUGAUAGGUUGGAUGUGUUUUUGAUAACGGCGGGAACCAUCGCAGCCAUGGCCAAUGGGAUGACGCAGCCACUCAUGACUCUCAUAUUCGGCGAAAUGAUCGAUAACUUCUCCCGCGCCGAUCGAUCCCAUGUCGUUAAAAUAGUCUCGGAGGUUGCAGUGAAGUUUAUAUACUUGGGGAUUUAUUCGUGCAUUACUUCAUUCACACAGGUAACAUGUUGGAUGGUGACAGCAGAGAGACAGGCUACCCGCAUCCGUGCCUUGUACUUAAAAACCAUACUCCGACAGGACAUCGGAUUCUUCGACACUGAAACGACAACCGGUGAAGUUGUCGGGAGGAUGUCGGGGGAUACUAUACUCAUUCAAGAGGCAAUGGGAGAGAAGGUUGGGAAGUUUAUACAGCUUCUAACAACUUUCAUUGGGGGGUUUAUAGUAGCUUUUAUAAAAGGAUGGCAACUAGCACUAGUUCUCACAUCCUGCAUCCCUCUUGUCGUCCUUGCCGGUGGAACCAUGGCGAUGAUAAUGGCGAAAAUGUCAAGCAGAGGACAAAUUGCUUAUGCUGAAGCCGGGAACGUUGUGGAACAAACAGUUGGAGCCAUUAGAACUGUCGCAUCGUUUACCGGCGAGAAACACGCCAUAGAGAAAUAUAAUGACAAGCUGCGGAUCGCCUAUAGUGCCACUGUUCGACAAGGGCUGGUUUCAGGCAUGGGACUUGGCACAAUGAUGCUUGUAGUGUUCUCCACUUAUGGACUCGCUGUAUGGGUUGGAGCUAAAUUGAUUGCAAACCACGGGUACAAUGGUGGGCAAGUCAUCAGUGUUAUAUUAGCAAUCAUGACAGGAGGAAUGUCGUUGGGUCAGACAAUUCCGAGUGUAAAUGCGUUUGCAUCGGGGCAAGCUGCAGCGUAUAAGAUGUUCGAGACGAUUAAACGGAAACCGAUGAUUGAUCCUUAUGACACUAGUGGAAUAACACUGGAAGAUAUCCGGGGUGAAAUCGAACUCAAGGAUGUGUAUUUUAGGUAUCCUGCAAGGCCCGAUGUGCAGAUAUUUGCUGGUUUUUCAUUGCAUGUUCCAAGUGGUACAACUGCAGCCUUGGUGGGACAGAGUGGUAGUGGCAAAUCAACCGUAAUUAGCCUUUUGGAGAGAUUUUAUGAUCCUGAAUCCGGAGAAGUUCUUAUUGAUGGCGUUGAUCUUAAAAAGAUACAGCUACAAUGGAUUAGGGGGAAAAUCGGACUUGUCAGCCAAGAACCGAUACUGUUUGCAACAACUAUCAGGGAAAAUAUUGCAUAUGGAAAGGACAACGCGACUCAUGAAGAGAUUAAAGAAGCAAUUGAUAUGGCUAAUGCUGCCAAAUUCAUUGACAAGUUGCCCAAGGGGCUUGACACCAUGGUGGGAGAGCAUGGAACUCAACUUUCAGGUGGGCAAAAGCAAAGAAUAGCAAUAGCAAGAGCCAUUUUGAAAAACCCAAGAAUCCUCCUCCUCGACGAGGCUACGAGUGCCCUGGAUGCCGAAUCGGAACGAAUCGUUCAAGAUGCACUGGUGAGAGUGAUGUCCAAUAGGACAACCAUGGUGGUGGCACAUCGGUUGACAACUAUCAGGAAUGCAGACAUGAUAGCAGUGGUGCACUUAGGGAAACUUGUGGAGAAAGGAACGCAUGAGGAGUUGAUCAAAGAUCCGGAAGGUGCUUAUUCCCGAUUAGUUCGUUUGCAAGAGGGAGAUAAAGAAGCAGGUGCUCAAGGGAAGGAAACCGAAAAAUCAGAUGAAACUGCUGAUACAGAUAAGGAAAUUACCCUGUCUGGAAGCCAGAGAUUGAGUACGUCUUUGGUAAGGUCUACAAGCAGAAGUGCAUCAUCAUCAAGUCGACAAUCCUUCACAUAUACUUUCGGUGUUCCCGGUCUAGUUAACUUUGCUGAAACAGAAGAAACAGGCGAAGAGAGAAGCAUACUGGAUGAAGCUAAAGUUGAAAGACGCAAAAAAGUUUCGAUUAGACGGCUGGCGAGUCUUAACAAGCCUGAGGUUCCAGUCCUAUUGAUUGGCUCCAUUGCUGCAGCUGUUCAUGGACUAGUAUUUCCUAUAUUUGGUCUCCUUUUCUCAUCAGCCAUUAAAUCAUUCUAUGAUCCAAGUAAGCUUUUAAAGAAUUCCAGGGCAUGGGCACUUAGUUACGUCGGAUUAGGUGUGGUUACUCUAAUUAUCGGACCGGCACAGAAUUUCUUCUUCGGCAUUGCAGGUGGAAAACUUAUUGAAAGAAUUCGUUCCAUGAUGUUUGAGAAGGUAGUCCACCAAAAUAUCGGUUGGUUCGACGAUCCUGCGAAUUCUAGCGGCGCCAUCGGAGCUAGAUUGUCAACUGAUGCAUCAACUGUAAGAAAUCUAGUUGGCGAUAGCUUGGCCCUGAUUGUACAAAAUUUAGCUACUAUCAUAGCAGGAUUAGUCAUAGCAUUUACUGCUAACUGGAUUUUGGCGAUCGCAAUCCUAGCCGCCAUGCCAUUUACAUUAAUUCAAGGAUACUUGCAGACCAAAUUUCUGAAGGGAUUCAGUGCUGAUGCAAAGUUGAAGUAUGAAGAAGCAAGCCAAGUAGCCAAUGGUGCUGUUGGAGGUAUCAGAACUGUUGCAUCUUUUUGUUCGGAACAGAGGGUGAUGGAUUUGUAUCAACAGAAAUGCGAAGCCCCCAUGAAACAGGGAGUUCGUCUCGGACUUGUAAGCGGUACCGGGUUCGGAUUCUCUUUCUUUGCCUUGUAUUGCACAAAUGCCUUCUGUUUCUACCUUGGAGCCAUACUUGUGAAGCAUGGGAAAGCAAAAUUUGAUGAGGUAUUCAAGGUUUUCUUCGCAUUGACAAUCUCAGCCAUCGGUGUUUCACAAACCAGUGCCUUGGCUCCUGACACCAAUAAAGCCAAGGAUUCAGCAGCUUCGAUAUUCGACAUUCUUGAUAGAAAACCUCCUAUCGACUCGAGCAGCGAGGAUGGCUUAACAAUUCCCACAGUAACAGGCAAUAUUGAGUUAGAACAUGUCAGCUUCAAGUAUCCGACUCGACCAGACAUUCAAAUAUUCAAAGACCUGUGUCUCACAAUACCUAAUGGGAAGACUGUUGCACUUGUUGGAGAGAGUGGCAGUGGGAAGUCAACUGUCAUUAGCCUCAUCUUAAGAUUUUAUGAUCCAAACUCAGGUAGUGUAUUGGAUGGCACCGAUAUCAGAAAGUUAAGAUUAAGCUGGCUGCGGCAACAGAUGGGAUUGGUUAGCCAAGAGCCAAUACUCUUCAAAGAGACCAUCCGUACCAACAUAGCUUACGGCAAACAGGGAAAUGCAACCGAAGAAGAGAUCGUGGCAGCAACAAAAGCAGCGAAUGCGCACACCUUUAUCAGCUCAUUGCCGCAGGGUUACGAGACCUCAGUUGGAGAACGAGGAGUUCAGUUGUCUGGAGGGCAAAAGCAACGGAUUGCCAUUGCGAGAGCCAUAUUGAAGAACCCCAGGAUCCUUCUGCUUGACGAGGCAACAAGUGCUCUAGAUGCAGAAUCGGAACGUGUGGUACAGGAGGCAUUGGAUGCAGUAAUGGUGAACCAAACAACUGUCGUAGUUGCUCACCGCCUUAGCACUAUAAAGGGCGCUGAUAUUAUUGCAGUCGUGAAAAACGGAGCCAUCGUUGAGAAAGGAGGACACGAUGCAUUGAUGAAUAUUACUGAUGGGGCUUAUGCCUCCUUGGUAGCACUUCACUUAAACACUUCAACGUGAGGCAGAAACAUUUAAUGGAAGAGGCUAUGCUACAAUAACCAUGCAGAUGAACAAGAUUUUCAAACUAGACUCCAAUUUCUCCAGCUAAAGGGUGUUCAUAU